AUGGACUCGGAAGACCAGAAGGCUCCACACGUGGUGGUAGUGAAGAACACAUUCAUUGAUCUCGAUGAUGCCCCCAGAAUGCCAACACUCGCCCGUGUGGCCACCACACCAGCAAGAUAUGUGGAGUCCUCGAAAGGCAUCGAGGAUGACACAGACGAGGAGGGACCGGACGGGGAGGAUACCGGUGGCCAGGUUGAGGAGGGCACGGAUGCACCACCACCAAUGCCCGAGCUCUACCGCGUAGCCACCUACGACGAGUAUGAGCCAGAGACAGAUUGGGCAUGGACAGUCUCUUCUCCGAUGCCUGACAAACCAGUGGGUGGAUACGGCGGCUCAGCGCCAAUUCCCAGCCCAAUGCCAAUCCCAGCACAACCAGUGCCUGGCACUGCUACCAUUGUCGUGGUGCCCGCACCUGCAACGAUGCCCAUGGGGGGGUCUCCUACUCCGGUGCCUAUCCCACAAGGGAUGGUGCCUCCUCAGCGAUUUGACCGAUGGCCCCAGGGAAUUCCGACACCCGCAAUGACAAGCUUGCCAGAAGAACCCCGAGAGGCUUCCACCAGCCCCAGACCGGUAGAUCCGCCUGCUCCAGCAGCUCCACGUGCACCAGUCCUGCAAAGGGCUUUCAGUGUGAACAGUCGUAUCUUCCGAAUCCACUGGACAGUGGACGCCCGGGUUCUGAAGUCCUCUGACCGAGAGAAAGUCUCUCCACCCUUCGAGGUGUCGAUGGACGGUCAAGAAAUUCAGUUCAAGCUUUGCCUGCGCCCUUCCUUGACCUCAGAGAGCCGCGGAGGGGCCUCCUUCCGAAAGGCAAAAGGCAAGGGCACCGUUGACAUGCGCUGCCUGAGCGAAAUCAGUCGCAGUUGCGUAAUGACCUUCCGAGUUGCCAUUGGCAAGGGCUCCGAGUCACACAAAGUGUCAAAGACCAUGAAGCAUGACUUCUCGCAGAAGCCGAUCUGCCAGUUGGAGGGUGACGACGAGUGGGACUUCAAGACAGUGACCGACGAAGAGAGCCAGACUUUCGUCGUGGUUUUAGAGGUCUGCAGGGACCCGGAAGGGAGAGUCAUUACCAUCGAAGUCGAGCCAGAGCAUGCCGUGGUCGCCCAACGAUUGGCUUUCCACGCAGGUGUGAGUCACAAGGUUGAUGUUUGGACUGGGCAAAGCUCCGACGUUCUCCGCAGCCUCGAAGACCGCUACCCUGGUGAGACACCGCAAUUUGCAUUGGUCUUCAUGGAUCAGUGUGGCUCGCGCUUCUGGCAAGAUCUCGAGAUCCUACUAGAGAAGGACUUGCUUCUCCCGGGUGCCGUCAUCCUGGCAGACAAUGUCUUGAAGCCUGGAGCGCCACUGUUCCUGUGGCAUCUCUUUCAUGGACGAGGAAGUCCGAUCUUCAGCACCGAGCUUGUGAGCUUGGAAGAGUUCGCCAUGGAGGGAGUAGAGGACUGCAUGGCUGUUGCAGUGUACAAGCCUGCGCCCGCUGGUCAGGCUGGAAUCUCUUGCAAAAUCCCCGAGAUGGUGCUGGACCUUGAAUCGCAGGCGCACGGCAUUGCACUGUUGUGUGUCUCUGUGUGCGUGUGCGCCUGUCUGUCUGUCUUCAUCGGUCCACGAUUGUAA